UUCUGGGUGCCGGCGAUGGAUUUGAUGGAUGGGAAGCUGGAGCUGAGGGAGACUCAGAAGCUCGAGGGGCACAGCGAUAGAGUGUGGAGCUUGGCGUGGAAUCCGGUAACGGGAACCGGUGGGGUGUUGGCUAUGCUCGCCUCCUGCAGCGGCGAUAAGACCGUCAGGAUCUGGCAACAGGGAUCCUCUAAAUCAUUUGACUGCACGGCUGUUCUUGAAGAUACUCAUACACGGACUGUUCGCUCGUGGGCAUGGUCACCUAGUGGCAAGUUGUUGGCAACAGCAAGCUUUGACGCCACAACUGGAAUAUGGCAGCAGAUUGGUUCUGAUUUCGAAUGUGUUGCAACGUUGGAGGGCCAUGAAAAUGAGGUCAAGAGUGUUGCAUGGAAUGCUUCUGGGUCCCUGAUUGCAACGUGUGGUCGGGAUAAAUCUGUUUGGAUAUGGGAAAUGCAAUCUGGUAAUGAAUUUGAAUGUAUUUCAGUGUUACAAGGUCAUACACAGGAUGUUAAGAUGGUGCUAUGGCAUCCUUUCGUUGAUGUUCUGGUUUCUGUCAGUUAUGACAACUCUAUCAAGGUUUGGGUGGAGGAUGGCGAUGAUGAUUGGCAUUGUGUGCAAUCUUUAGGUGAAGCUGGCAGUGGUCAUACAUCUACAGUUUGGGCAUCAUCCUUCAGUGAGUGUGGAAAUAGAAUGGUGACUUGCAGUGAUGAUCUUACCUUGAAGAUAUGGGAUACCAGUGGAAAUCCAUCUCAGACAAGUGGUGAUGGCUAUGUACCAUGGCAGCAUAUCUGUACUCUCUCUGGAUAUCAUGGUCGGACCAUAUUUUCUGUGAGUUGGUCAAGUGAGGGUGUAAUUGCUAGUGGAGCAGGUGAUGAUGCUUUACGUCUUUUUGUUGCGAACAAGGACAAUCUGGUUGAUGGGCCAUCUUAUAGCAUGCUGCUGAAGAAGGAAAAGGCUCAUGCUAUGGAUGUAAACUCAGUGCAGUGGAAUCCAAAGGAUCCACAAGUUUUAGCUUCAGCAAGUGAUGAUGGAUCAGUCAAAAUAUGGGAACUUGUAGAUGUUUCUCAGUGAUGCUCAAGUUUU